GUCGUUCGAUGUCGCUCGUCGUUUCUCGUGUGGUGAACGACACGUUGAAAGUAGGUUGUGACGUUUGUAAUACGAAGUUAUAAAUACAGGCAAGAUUGCGCGCUGUUUGGUGAUAUUCCGCAGCGUUCCUUUGUAUUACGAAUCGAUGUGCGUCUGUGAUUAAUUGCGUUUCGUGGUGAUUGCCUGUGUGUUGAUGAGUCAGGGAGAUAACAUCCUGAUUACUCUCAUGGCGAUAGUGUGGUCGAAUUUAAAUACUAACAUAUUGUGAAAUUUUAAUUAAAAUGGCAAGCGAAGCCCAACGAUUAAUCGGAAUAUCCCUAACAAAAAUAGCCCAAUCUCGAUCUCAUCGUGGUGGUGCUAGUUUGCAUAAAAAUUUGCUUGUCGCGACUGUUUUACAAAAAGCGAGGUAUAUAUUUAUGGAAGAGGCCUACAACAUAGUAAUUUAUCAAAAUUCUAAAUCAAUCAGGGGAGUCGCCCUGGUGCCCGAGAAAGAUCAAGGUAAUGAAGAACUUCAAGCCAAGAAAAAGGAAGAUUGUGUUUCCGCGUCUUGUGUUAAAUGUGCACAGAAUCAACAACAUUCUGAAACCUAUGAAUCCAUCGAUUUAGUUAAUUGUUCGAAUGCUCUCCCAACUAGCACAUCAGCCCAAUCCUUAAAGAGGCGUCGGGGUGAGAGAGAGACAGAAGAAGCCACCCAGAGAAGUUCAUCAAAAAAAAGAAAACAUAAGGUUGAAACUCGCGCAAGCAAAAACGAUGGUAUAAAUAGUGCCCCUGAGGUCAGUGAAAAUGUCCAGCAAAAGACAAGUUCAGCAAAUAUUGAAGCAAUGGAAAUUGAUCGUAUUACAUCACUUGUUUCAAUCUUCAGCUUCAGUAUGGGUGCUGAUGGUAAAUGUAAUAAGAUAAAUCUGCCAACACCUCCAUCAGAUUUGUGUUCUGCUCAAGCAAAAGAUUCUUCAGACACAUUGCAGCAGAGGUCAUUUCUUACAAUGACUGUAUAGUUUGUAAUGUAGUGUAGAGCAAAGAUCAAGAUGUCCAUUUCAAAAGUGCAUUGCUAUUGUAUCAUGUGUAUAAAAAAAGGUGAAUUUUGGUUAAGUCAGAGUGAUUUAUAAUGAAAGAUUUUAAAUAUCAACCUUAAAUUGAAUUAAAUUUAUAAUUACGGCAUGUCUGAGUGUUGUAACAUUUUCAGUACCUCGCCAUUUGUUUAAUAGGAAAAUUCUCAAUUUACUCAUUCAACUUUUUUAACAUUAGACUAAUUUGUUUCCCUUUUUUUGUAACUGCUCCUUCAGUUUUAAAAAGUUUAGUCCAAUUUGCUUUUUAUUUUAUCGAGAUUGUUUAAAAAAAUGUUCAAAUGUAUGUUCAGAGAAACCUUAAAAUGACAAAUAUGAGACUUGGUAGCUUACCUAUCAAAAUCCUUAAAAUGACUAACAAAAAAUUUAUAUAAAAAUCAUAUUUUAACAUUAUAAAUCUUAUCUUUAUAGUAACUUCCUUUAUUUUUAAAAUUUGUAUUAAUUUUUAAUAACUAUAAUGCAGCAGCAUAUACGAAAAUUAGAAAUUUUUAUGUUACAGAAGUUCAAAUUAUAUUUCACAACUUCUGGUUGCAUCAAAUUGUACAUACAAAUCUUGUCACAAAGUACCACUGCCUCUCUUGUAUUUGACUUUGCAUAAUUGAGUGUUUUUAAAAAAUACUGUAAUAUAAUUUCAUUAAAUAUAUUUUUAUAAGCUAUUUGUACUGGUUUACAAUCAAUAAUUUAGGACUUAAUGCGAAUUUUGUUAAUUUAUGUUACAUUUCCAGAAAACAAUAAAAAACAU